GCGCGAGGCGGUGACGUAGAGCUGGACGCGCGCGUCCCGCGGAGAAGCAGGAGAAGCCGGCGACCUUGCGCACUCAGCCUGGUUCCUGUCUGGCGGCCUGAACGUUCUCAGCUGAAGAGAUGGCGUUCGUGAAGAGUGGAUGGUUACUUCGGCAGAGCACCAUUCUGAAACGCUGGAAGAAGAACUGGUUCGACCUGUGGUCAGACGGUCACCUGAUCUACUACGAUGACCAGACUCGGCAGAGCAUGGAGGACAAGGUCCACAUGCCCGUGGACUGCAUCAAUAUCCGCACGGGGCAUGAGUGUCGGGACAUCCAGCCACCAGAUGGGAAGACCAGAGACUGUCUGCUGCAGAUCGUCUGCCGAGACGGGAAGACCAUCAGUCUCUGUGCAGAGAGCACAGACGAUUGCCUGGCAUGGAAGUUUACACUGCAGGAUUCCAGAACGAACACAGCUUAUGUUGGCUCAGCAAUCCUGUCUGAAGAGACUGCGGUGGCCGCAUCACCACCUCCCUACGCUGCCUAUGCUACACCGACCCCUGAGGUCUACGGCUACGGUCCUUACAGUGGUGCAUACCCCGCAGGAACUCAAGUUGUCUAUGCUGCCAACGGGCAGGCGUACGCCGUGCCAUACCAGUACCCGUAUGCAGGAGUUUAUGGGCAACAGCCUGCCAACCAAGUCAUCAUCCGUGAGCGGUACCGAGACAGUGACAGCGACCUGGCUCUGGGCAUGCUCGCCGGGGCAGCCACAGGCAUGGCCCUGGGCUCUCUGUUCUGGGUCUUCUAGAGCCUUCAACAUUUUCUGUGCAUAGCUUCUGUUAGUCCUGUGUGCGAUAAUUUGAUUUGCAGGGCAUUUCUGUUUGUGACAAGUGUCUCUCAUAAUAAUUUAAGUAGUUCUUUUGAAGGUGGUAAUCUAAUAAUUGUGACUGACCUGCAUUGUACCACAAAGAAAGCCCGCGGCAUGCUGUGAGAGAGAGCCUGAGUCCUUGUGGAUACCAGCUUGCACCAAGUCUUUCUUAGGGACUCUUGGAUGGCUUCAUGUAAACACACCCAAAUAAAUGGGCGUUUUCCGUUCAGUUAGGUGCAGUAUUGAAUUGAGGGACGGCUUUCUUUUCUAUGCCAAUAAUAAUAUUGCUGAUAUGGGAUGUGUGUAAGUGUGGUGAGAAGAGUUGCAGCUUCUUUAACUGUGGAAUCUCAGACCCCGGGUGCAUGUUACCCUAGGAGCUGUAGGCUCGUGGCUCCUGCAGGGCUAUGGUGUGAGGACCCCAUAACCUACCCCUCAGAGCUCCUAGGUACCGGCAGGAUUGGCUGCUCUGGAUGCAGAGGGCCACCCCCCUCCCUUUAAGAUAUGCUACAGGAAUCUACCCAGUUUUAUUUCCUUGUUAUUCUUCUGUUUGCUUUUCCUGGGGAUGAUUGGAAUUUGUCUGGAGUUAGGAAUUGAUUUGAGCCUCAGAAUUUGAGCCCUGCUGAACGAGGUGAAUGCCGUUGGGUGGAGGUAGGCUGGGAGCUGCUGCCCAGCGAAGUGUUUUCAGGUCUGCUUUAGGUGUAUUGAUUGCCAGCGUAGUCUGCUGAGAGCCUAUAGAGACUAUUUUUCUACUUGUAAAGAAAGUAUAGUGAGGGGAAUUGGGGAGAGCCGUAUUUAGAAUGUUUCUGCCUCAGGCCUUCCGGGGCCCAAGCUGCAGAGGAAUGCUCCUUGACUCCUGGAGAGCCUCUUCCUCAGCAGUGGUAGGGAGGCCCCGUGGCUGUCCAGAGACUCUCAGGUUUUGAGUGAGAAAUGGGAUUGGGUAGAGCAUCUCAGGGAUUUGUUCUAAUCCCUCAUGUUAGUGAGGAUCCAACCUUGUUCUCAGUCCUGACCCGCUCACGACAGAAGAGCUUAAAACAUUUCUAGACCCCAGACAUGUGACACACUGUGAAGCACACAGUCUGGCUUUCUGACAAAAAUUUGUAUUUCCAAUAUUAGAGAAUACAUGUUCCACAUAUUUAAAACUCCUAUUCUUUCAUGUUUUAAAGCUUCCAAUUCUAGCUUUGUGACUGCCAUGUUUUAGUUUCAAACAGUAGCCCCUCCCCGCCCCCGCCCCUUCCGGCACAAAGAUGGGACGCACAGUGAAGGCCCCGCCCUCUACUUUGCAUAGUCCUGUUUCUCUUGGAAGCACUCAUUCUGACUGUGCCCAGCCCAGCACAUGCGUGUUGCCUUGCCAUUCUCCUGGAGCUCUCUUGGUUAGUUCAAGUCUUCAACAGAUCUCCACGUGAGACCGUUUCCAAGUAGAAGAAGUGGUGCCCACAGUGCUUCCUUGCUACUCCUUGGGGACGUUUUGACACAGCCUGUUUCCAGCUAGUGUUUGCUUCUCUGCCAUCUCUGAUGGAUGGGAUAUGUGACAACAUGGUACGGAUGCCUUGUGGUGUCGCUUUAAUUAGCGUGAUGCUGAUUUUACAUCCUGUGCUGUAAUGCCAUUUGCUCAUGAUGUCACCAUUCGUAAAGCUCCGUGCUUUACUCACAAAACACUAAAACCAGUGUUUAGUGUUACACGGGGAUUUUAAUUUUGAAGUUAAUUACUGGCAUUCCUAAAACAACUGUACUGAUUCACAUCCCUGAAGUACUUUUGAAACAGAAUUAUCUCCUUCUGUCCCAUGGGUGUGUCCUGCCUACCCCUGACCCCAGUGGGGUCAUAGUUGAGCCCGAUCAUUUUCUGUCACCAAUUACUUGGUUGCAUACCCGGAAUGGAAUACACUCUCUGGCAUCUUAUUUCCUCACCCUUUUGGUAUUUCUGCUGCACCAUUCAGUACCUCAGUGAGUCAUGAGUUGGGAGUUGAAGGGAGCUACUUGUCCGACGUUGAGGAACAUUGUCUCCUCCACAGAGACUUUUAAAUAAUGACGAAGAGCAGGAAGAGGCUGGCUGCUAACACUGUGUGGCUGAUAUCGUUGCUUUUAGUUCUUUAAGAACUUUUCAUCUGGAAGAGGAAAGCCAGAGGCUUCCUCAGGUUGUCCCUUGCCAAGAAGGCUCGGCUUAGGUCGUUAGAGCCCCUGGUAGCCUUCUGGAGUGUAGCAAGUUCCUGCAUUUAAGACAGAAUGGUUCAGAUUUAUUUUCUCCAUCUGUCGUUGAUCCCGUGUAACCUCUCAUUUUGCCUUCUAGUCUAUGCAGAUGAGAGGCAGAGGAUGCAGGCAGUCUUCUUUGUGAUUGCUUCUGUUACUCUGUUGUGUCUACCGAGCCUGUUUUCUCCCUGUUGUGCAUAUGGUAUGUUUAUAAGUGAGCUUGUUAAAAUAUUAAAUGACCAUUAACUGCAAA